AUGUUUGGAGCAAAACCCAAACUCCUCAAUUCCAAUCGAGUUUGGAGCAAAACCCAUAGCGCCAUCUCAUCUCUUGCCAAAUUGCACAACUCAUCUGAUCCUAAUGAGCGAGAAGUUUGUGAAAUUCUCAAGGGUUUGGGAGACAAUGUUAAAGAAGUUGAUGCGGAGCAUGUUCUGCAUAACAUAACAAACCCUGAAAUUGCGAUUCUUGCUGUUAAAUACUUCCAGAAGAAGAUUGAACCGGAGAGACAUGUUGUUCUUUACAAUGUGUUGUUUAAGCUUUUUAGAGAAAUUAAUGAUUUUGAAAAAGCAGAGAAGGUGUUUGAGGAAAUGCUGCAGAGAGGAGUCAAGCCUGAUGUUGUUAUGUUUUCGACUUUGAUUAGGUGUGCUUCUGUUUGUUCUCUGCCUCACAAAUCCGUGGAGUUGUUUGAGAGGAUGCCUUCUUUUGGGUGUGAGCCGGAUCAUAAUGUGUCGUCGUCGAUGAUUUAUGUUUAUGCUCGCACAGGUAAUGUUGAUAUGGCUUUGAAAUUGUAUGAUGAUGCGAAAAAUGAGAAGUGGCCUGUUAGGGCAGUUGCAUUCUCUGCUUUGAUUAAGAUGUAUGGUGUGUUGGGAAACUAUGAUGGGUGUUUGAGUGUUUAUAAUGAUAUGAAGGCUCUUGGUGUUAGGCCGAACGUGACAUUGUAUAAUGCUUUGUUGUAUGCAAUGGGGAGAGCUAAGAGGGCAAUGGAUGCGAAGAGUGUAUACCAAGAGUUGUAA